AUGGACGCAAAGACCGGCAUGGUCCUCGGCUACGAAGGCCGCCACCCCUUCAGCAAGGUGCAACUGACGGACCGGUCGUCGGUGCAGGAGCUCCUGCGCACGCUGUUGGACCCGCUGGAGCCCUUCUUCUCGCCGCGCAGGGCCCGGGUCCGUUGCCCCGGCGCCACGGCCGUGCGCUUCGACCAGGCCUCAUCCGACCUCGAGGGCCUCGCCCGCCCGCUGUGGGGUCUUGCGUGUCUGCUGGCCGGCGGCGGCGAAUACCACGGCACCCAGUGGUGGGUCGAGGGGCUCAAGGCCGGCACCGACCCCGAGAGCGACGAGUACUGGGGCUACCCAAGGGAUAACGAUCAGAGGAUGGUUGAGAUGUGUCCGUUGGGAUUCGCACUGGCUGUUGCGCCUGUAUUUUGGGAAUCCAUGUCGGCCAAAGAGAGGGAUAAUGUAGAGAAGUGGCUGGGGAACUCGAUCAACGAAAAGAACAUGCCCAACACAAACUGGCUGUGGUUCAGGGUGUUUGCAAACCUGGGGCUCAAGAAGAAUGGCGGCAAGUUCUCGCAGGAGAGACUAGACAGCGAUAUCGAGCACCUCAACACAUUCUACCGUGGCGACGGAUGGUCCAACGAUGGACCUGAAGGAAUACACCAGAUGGACUAUUACUCUUCCAGCUUCGCCAUCCACUUCCUCCAACUCCUCUACGCUAACCUGGCGGGAGACCAAGAUCCUGACCGUGCACAGGAGUUCAAGAAGCGUGCGCAGAUGGCCGCUCUGGACCUGAUCCACUACUAUGACCCCGAAGGCCGCUCCAUCCCCUUUGGCCGCAGCGUCGGCUACCGCUUCGCCAUGGUGUCCUUCUGGGGCGCCCUGGCCUACGCCGACGUCGACCUCCCCGCGCCGCUGACCUGGGGCAUGGUCAAGGGCAUCGUGCUCCGCCACCUGCGCUGGUGGCAGACGCAGCACGACAUGUGGAGCCCCAGCGGCACCCUGACCGUCGGCUACUCGUACCCAAACAUGUACAUGGCCGAGAACUACAACAGCCCCGGCUCCCCGUACUGGGCCUGCCUGGCCUUCAUCUGCCUCGCCGUGCCCGAGUCCCACCCCUUUUGGUCCUCGACCGAGGAGGCUUACCCGGAAGCGCUCAUCCCGGCCGUGAAGCCCCUGCCGCAUCCGGGCCACAUCAUGAGCCGCCUGGGCGGCCACACAAUGCUCCUGUCGUCGGGACAGGCCUGCAGCUACCCGAUGAAGGGCACCCACGCAAAGUACGGCGGCUUCGCCUACAGCAGCGCCUUUGCCUACUCCGUGCCUCCGGGCCUCUUCACCCUCGAACAGUACGCCCUGGCCAGCCAGAUGGGUGUCUCCGAUGACGGUGGCGAGUUCUGGAAGGCCCGGCGCGCCUCUGAGUAUUCUCGGCUCGAAACCAGAGGAGGAGGAGGAGGAGGAGGAGAGGGGGACUCGUCGUCUCCGGUUCUCGUCUCCCUGUGGAAGCCCUUCCCGGACGUCGAGGUACGGACGCUGCUGGUGCCGCCCGAACCCGCCACGCCCAACUGGCACCUCCGCGUGCACUUCAUCCACUCCAAGGGGGCCAGGGAUGUCAUGACGGCCGACGGGUCCUUUGCGGUGCGCAACGAGAACGCGACCAACGGCCGCUACCUGGAGCCGUACGACGCCGGGGUCGGCGAGGGCACACGGCCGCGCAUCAUUGGCAACUACGACCUGAACAGCCCGGACGGAUGGGCGACGGGGUCCGAGGGCGCCUUUGCCGUGUCGCGCCUUGCCGGCGCGGUCGGGAUCCGGGCCAUCGAGCCCGUCGGUGCGGAGGUCGAGGAGCGCCGCGCCAACAUUGUUAACGCGGACCCCAACUCGAACCUGGUCGAGAGCCGCUCCUGCAUCCCGACGCUGCAGCACAACCUCAAGGGCGGCCAGAAGGCCGUGUACGUCUCGGCCGUAUUUGCCAGGCCGGCCGGCCCCAACGUCGCUGUCGAGUCGUACCUCGACGGCUGGGACACGCCGCCAGAGAUUCCCGCUUGGCUCAGAGACGAGAUUGCAGCUUCACAGUAA